AUCUACUGAAAAAAAGUUUCAAAUCUGUCCCCUUGAUGUUAAUAAAUGUGGAUGUGGUCACUUAAUUCCUUAUUGAUAAUAAACUAAAUAUUAUUAUUAAAUAUUUUUUUUUUCUUUUUUAUAGGAGGCCGACCUGUUCGACCUGUUAGGCCCGUUAUUCCUAAAGGUAAGUAUGUGAAUAAAUCGUCCUGUAGAUGUCAUUGGUAAAGCUAUUGUUUUCGGGGUUUCUGACAGCUCAUUUAUCAACGAUUUAGGUAAAUAACAAUAAUCGCCUGCUUGUGGAUGAACUCAGCAAAUAUAUGGGGACGGUGAGAUAAAUAUUCUAGGCCUCAUCUGAAAACUCCCUCAAAUUGAAUGCGCAAAUUCAACUUUAAUUUCUGCUCACGAACCCCGUUAAUCAAAACAUUAAUGACAUCCAUUAUCAUUUGUUUUUGACGUUCCACUUUCUCUUUUUUCACAUACAGGAAGGGUGUUCCGGAUAACUUAUAGCAUCUCGGGUAAGAAAUAACUUAUUAUUAUUAUUAUUAUUAUUUUGGAAAUACUGGUAGGAAUCUAGAAAUUGUGUAUGUCUUUCAACUAGAUUUAAAAUAAUCGCUCAGUUCUUGGUAAACACUGAAUCAGUUCCUAAUGAUGUUCUUACUUCUCAGCAAAAAGCUGGAAAAAACUAAUGUAAGCGGGAGCUCUUGCGCUUUGAUUUGUAAAGGUAUUGUAUCAGCUGUUCAUAGAUUGAGCCCAUUGAUCGACAACAUCAAAGUACGAGAUAUUAAGCAAUAUGCGUGGAUUACUUGUUUUGAGAUGUGCAGAAAGUCAAUACUUAAGUGCAUGAAUUUGCUAUAUCGUUAAACAACUGAAGGCUUUGCAUUAGAUCAAACCUGCGAUAGUCUCAGAUGCGUUCUUGACUAACACUUGGCUUUAUUCGAACACAUUUUCAGCUAAAGGUGUGGGUUGCUUCAGAGACACUGGCCGUCGAGCAAUUGCCACUUUGGAAGGAAAAAGCCGCCUUCUCAAAGGAAACUACAGGAGAAGAUCAGAUGCUAUGAAUAAAUGCGCAAUGGCUGCAUGGAGACGAGGCUUCCGAGUAUUUGCCAUUCAACAUGGUGGUUGGUGUGCUGCAUCACGCACAGCCUACAGGACAUAUAGUAAAUAUGGAAGAUCCAACAAAUGCAGAAAUGGCAAAGGAGGACCUUGGGCAAACGAUGUGUACUUCCUAAAAGGUGAAUUACAUUUCUUUAGGACUUGUUAAGAUACACAAGAACAAAUUGUUUCUUUUGCAUUACAUCAAUUACGAUGAAGUAGCUGCUAAAAUUCGCUGUACAUAUAAUGAACGAAAAUGACAUAGUUUGGUCUGAUGCCUCAGCAUAGGUGAUGGCUUGGUGUAACAUAAAAAUUACAAUCGGUACUUUAUAUCCUAGGCUCCUGUCGUAAAAGAUCCACUAGUGGCAACUGUUGCGUCUUCCCCUUUGUUUAUAAACGGAGACGAUAUUACCGCUGUGUUAAGGGAAAUGGUGGACGACGGUGGUGCGCAAAUACUCCAAACUAUGAUAGAGACAGGAUUUGGGGUUACUGUGCUGGAGGAAGAGGUACUAUUUCAAUUCAUUAUUACUUAUUUACAUGCUCUAAGUUUUAUUUGUGUUUUACUUGCGUGCGAUAAGAGUGGAGCCUAUCAUCAUAAUUUUUCAACUUGUGUCUUUUUUGCACUUCCCUUUUUCAUCUCUUUUUGAAACCAUUUUUACAAAGGUUUGCGGUGAAACUCGUUUACCGUGGCCAUAAGAUGGUAGAACGCACCACGACCUCAAGCCUUUUAGUAUAGGUAUAUGGACCAUUUUUUGCAUUUUAUGUGUCUUUCUCAAAUGAGGUAAAUUAUCUUUGUUAUUUAUCCAAAAACAAAGUUAGUAGUCAUCUAGGUUACUGGUUUUAUAUACUUUCACAGGUCUUCAGUGAUACAGUAGCCAGUAAUAUUAACCUAACAUGUAAAGCACUUCAAAGGUUAUCUGUUUUAGGUAAAUUCCUUUGUAAAAUGCUGAAAAACACACUGCAAAAUUGAACUGCCGUCAUUGUACUAAGAAGAAAGGGUUUUCCUUUACUUCUGGUUAAUGGUGUACUUUCUUUAUUUUCAGCUCGGCCCAUUAUAAUAACUCUUUCAUUAAGGGGUAAGAUUUUUUAAUUCUCUUUGCUUUUAAGUAAAAGACCGGCGUAUAUCACAUUCUGUCCUACCUCUGUUUAUACGUGGUUAUCAUGUUUAAAGCGGCAACAGGCAAACGUUACUUUUAUACCGUAUUUCUUAGUUCAAAGACUUGGGUGUUUCAAAGAUACUUGGCGAAGAGCUGUUCCUCAACUGGAUGGGAAAAGUCGCCUCCUAACCGGAAACUACCAGCGACGUAAAUAUGCCAUUAGAAAAUGCGCUUUGGCUGCUGCUAGGCGAGGUUACAAAGUGUUCGGUGUCCAACAUGGCGGUUGGUGUGCAUCGGGACCACGGGCUCGAAAAACUUACGCAAAGUACGGACGAUCGAACAGAUGUAGGAAUGGCAAAGGGGGGCCGUGGGCCAAUGACGUCUAUGUAGUUUCUGGUAAGCUCUUGAGAUACUCUAAACAAUACCAAAAACUACCACUUCUACGAAUACUCAAUUGAGAGAUUUUAAAACAUACCUUGGCAAAUAGACGUAUAAUCUCUCUAAUGGGCAUUUUUGAGGCGGGGUGCUUGUUGGAGGCGGGGGGGGGGGGUCCUUGUUUUAAACCGGAGAGGAAACCUUUGGUAAUCGGAGAGGCAACCUUUGUUAAUUCACCAAACGUCAUGAAAAAAUUAGUAAAUAUAUGAAUAACUCAAUAAAACACAGUGAAGGACUUUAAAAUCAUUUUAAUCAGUCAUUUUGUAAGAAACCAAAUGCCUUUCAGCAAACUUUUGAUUUUGUGCAGUAAUGUAAUGUAACUCACAGAUAAGUUCAUGUUUUUCAAAUUUAAGGCUAGUGGUGAUCAUUGUAUUUGUUCAGGCUAGGUACUUGCCUUGUCUGAAUCAAAAUAUGUUUUCUUCUUUACUCCUAGGUAUGCUUUGUUAAGUAUACUUGGCUGAUAAGUAUGUUAUUGUUUUUGAAUUAAUUGUCAGGUAAAUGCAGAUAUCGCACAACUCAAGGAUACUGCUGUGUGCCGUUUAGGUAUCGCGGUCGCCGAUACCGGGGCUGUGCAAGAACUCGACGUGGAAGAACCUGGUGCGCAACCAGCCCUGAUUACCCAAGGAAUAAACUCUGGGGGUGGUGCAGGGGAGGAUCAAGACGUAAGCAUUGAUUGUCCCUAAUUUUCUUGUUAAGUGGUUAAGGUAUAUACCGUGAAUUAUAUAAUAGUAACUUUAUCUCAUUUUACUUAUCAAAAAAUCAUUGCUUCGGAAUAAUCAGAACUUUACAUCCUUCAAUUAGAUGGGCUAGUCGAUUCUUGUAAGUUAAAUGUUAUUGUGCUUUCUUGGCCUUGUAGAAUUAUUGCACUCUCUCAAAUUCAUGUAGGAUUUUUAAAAUGGAAUCAAGGUAACCGGGAAGAAGUUAAAGAGAAUGUACUAUAAAAUUCUAAUGGCUUUUUCUUUCUACUUUUAUCACGAACUUACAAAAGACUGCUACUUUUCCUUGCUUUUAGCUACACCAAUUAAAAUUUCUGGAGUUACAGGUAAGUACAAUUUGUUUGCAUUGACUUAAAGUUUUGAUACAAUCUCUGUAUCUCGAGGACGACAUCACCAUCACUCAUUUCUCUCUAACAGAUUUCAAAUUAGACAGAUUUAUACAUGGGAUAUGAUACCUAGCAUUUGCAUGUUUUUGUUGUUGUGUUUGCUGUCUUAUGAGACUUCAUUAAUUGAUCUGUUGAUAAGGGGAAUAAAAGUGGCCUUGGCCUGCUACCUUGACGAAGAUAUCAAACUGUACUUCGUCAUCAAUGCCUUUUGAUUCAAGGUAGAACUCUGCCUGAGUAUGAGCAAAUUUGCAAAUUCAAAAUUCUCUUUGUUAACGUUUUAUGAAGUAUGGUCGUCUUUAAUUCCUUAAAAUUGUUUUCUAGCUGAUUGCCACCACCAGAAGCCAAGCCCAGGUUAUUUGACUUUGUGACCUUUCAUUUCUUUUCAGUUCGCUCCAUUGGAUGUUUCCGAGACACGCAUCGCCGAGCAGUUCCACAGAUGGAUGGGCGAAACCCAUUGGUGAAGGAUUACUAUCGAAGAAGAAAAGACGCCAUUAUGAAAUGUGCUCUGGUUGCAAUGAGGUUUGGUUACCGAGUUUUCGCUGUACAGCAUCAGGGAUGGUGUGCUACUGGUCCGAGAGCUCACGUAACCUACCGGAAGUAUGGGCGGUCUAGUCGGUGUAGAAGUGGCAAAGGGGGACCAUGGGCUAAUGACGUCUACAUUGUGAAUGGUAUGUGAUCGAAAAUAUAUUCUUAGCGUUCCCUGCAUGCCCUUAAAUAAUAUUUAUUGGUAUUCCAUUAUUUGUAUUAGAUACUGAAUCUGUAUGGGAACUUUUUGAGUAGAAAGUGAAUCCGCAAAGGAUGAGUACACGGCCUCUUACAAGGCCAUUCUUGACAGAUACAAAAGUGACGUCACAAAAGGGUUAAAAAGACUGUUGAAAACAUUUUAGCAAAGUGUAUUUAAAACUACACAAAGGGAUACCUACUCCUGAUUUCUCAAAUUAAAAAAAACUUCUAUGUUGCAGGUUUCUGCCGCAGAAGAACAACGACCCGUUAUUGCUGUUCUUUCCCGUUCAUCUACAAAGGGAGACGUUAUAACAGUUGUACCAGAAGAAGACACAAUCGACCAUGGUGUGCUCUGACACCGAACUACGACAGAGAUAGGAAAUGGGGCAACUGCGCUAGUACGUAAAAUGUAUUUGAAUGAUAACGAACAGAAAAAUAUUCAAAGCAAACGUUUCUUUUACUAUAAACAGUAAUCAAUAAUAAAUGUGUAAGAGUAUAUAUCAGUAAUAACAGGUUAAGAGUUGCAGAAGGAGAAUAAGUAGCCUCAUAGAAUUUUCUUAAAAAAUUACAAAGCAUUUUACUUUAUUUUUGUCUCCUGUAGCUCGCAGACCUGUUAGACCACCCCGUCCUGUGGUACGCCCGUCACGAGGUUAGCACCGCAACUCUACCUGCAAGUGACUUUUUAAUCAAUUAAUUUGUGUUUUUGUGAGUAGAACAUGUUGGUCAUAAAUCCUACUUGUCAUCAAGGGUAGUUGUUAUUGGGCUAUAAGUUCCUUUUUCUGUCGUUCUUUCUUAACUUUCUAUCCUGACUUGAUGGUUAAGGUGGAGAUGCAGGUGAUUGAUCUCCCACUAACUUUUUUCCUUUUCCGAUAAAAUUUAUUAUUAUCAUGAUCACCUACAGUGGUAACAAAUCAUAGUAUAUCACUUGCUCGCCUUGUCUCUUAGGGUAUCCUAUUUUAGUUGAUCAGUUUGGUUUUUCUUGCUUUUAUAGGAAGAGUGAUAAGAAUCAGUAUUGGAUUGAAAGGUACAAAUAGUUUAGAACUAGUUUCAGCUCCGCUUAGUCACGGUCGUUACUUGAAAGUGUGGGUGGUUAGCAUGGUCAUUUUAGAUUGGCAAUUUAAUGUCUUCGACCUUACUGACCACGUGAUCUACAGAGGUGCAAUUUUGAGAUAUCCUCCUUUGAUAAAAGAAAAUGUUGAGACACCUAUCCCGAUAUGCUUUUUCUGGUUCAGUUUUGAGAUGACUAGUUUCUUCUGUUUAAUUAUAAGAUGUGUUUUUUCUCGCUAGCAUACGGUAUUGGUUGCUACAAAGACACUGGCCGCAGGGCUAUAGCCCCAUUGGAAGGCAGAAGUUUCCUCUUGACAGGCAGCUACCGCAGAAGGAGAUACUCCAUUCAGAAAUGUGCCCUUGCUGCAUACAAACGAGGCUACAAAGUGUUUGCAGUGCAGCACGGGGGAUGGUGCGCAGCAUCGCGAUAUGGUUAUCGAACUUAUGGAAGAUAUGGGAGAUGUAACAGGUGUAAGAAUGGAAAAGGAGGGCCUUGGGCAAACGACGUUUAUGUUCUGAGAGGUUAGGUUUCAUAAAAUAUAUAUGUUGUUAAAAAGUUUCUAUGUUACGAGUGUUUGUUUGGGCUAUUGGCGUUGCUGAGAAUGGGAAACAAAACAACCUUAUGAAAGUCUACCUUCUCCUCCUCCAUUUUCUGAAAACAAAGUAACACCCUCAGAUAGAGUCGUGAUGUCUGCUUGAAUUCAUCAUCUUCACGAUUUGUUUAGGUAAGUUGCUCACUACCACCUUUCAUUGUCGCAACAUGGUCACUGUUUAUAAAUAUAAAGGUAACCAAUCCGGACUGCUUGACUUUUGGAGUUCAGACUGGCUCUGUUUUAAUGAUACAUAGCUCAUUACUUUAAUUUACUAGCUUACUGUUAGAAGACUGGUAAAAUUGAGUACAUGGCCAGUCAUUGAAGAUGCUUUUAUAUUUACUCUCAGGAUCGUGUCGUGUACGAUCAAACACUGGCCAUUGUUGCGCCUUUCCUUUCAUCUACAAGGGUCGGCGUUAUAACCGUUGUUCGAGGAGAAACCACAAGCGACCAUGGUGUGCUCUGACACCCAACUACGAUCUAGACAAGAGAUGGGGAAACUGCCCAGGACGAGGUAACGACUAACAGCACUGAAAAUAGUGAGAGAUUACUGGCUGCUUAAAAUCCAAAGGAUUUAGUCUAUGUUCCAGGUUUAAUUUAGACCGCUCACCAGCUUUCCAGUCGUGAGCUGUAGACCAGUGUAUACACGCAUCUCUCGGAGAAGUUACAGCUCACCGUGAGAGUGCCAAUACUAGUGUUGUUGUUGUUGUUACAAAUGUCUUUGCUGGUCUGACAAUACUGUACAACUUAUAACAAUUAUUUCUUUAUUUUUUUAUCAGGCCGUCCAAUUAAAAUCACGACAACAAUAUCACGUAAGUUCCUUAUGAUACCACUUUAUUACGAUCCUUAUAAAUAAAUUCCUUCCCUGAUGCAAACGUAGUGAUCUGCAAACAUUUAAACAACUUUCUCAGUUCAAAAGAUUGGCUGCUUCAAGGACACAUACCGAAGAGCUAUUCCUCAGCUAGAUGGCAGAAGUCCGCUUUUGAGAGGAAACUACCGGCUUCGAAGAGAUGCUAUCACCAAGUGUGUUGCUGAGGCCUUGAAGCGAGGCUACCGCAUGAUUGGAAUCCAGCAUGGUGGUUGGUGUGCAUCUGGACCUCGGGCCCAAAAAACGUAUGCAAAGUAUGGACGAUCCAACCGAUGCAGAAAUGGCAAAGGAGGGCCUUGGGCUAAUGACGUGUAUCGUAUUUCAGGUUAGUCAAUAAAGAACCAAUAGUGGCAGCACUAUUAAAUUGAGUUUUUUUACGUAGUAAUUAAGAAAAAUGUCUAUUGUGCAAGUUAUUGCGUUGUUUCAGUUAAUGGCAAAAAACCGGAAGUCUAAAGUAUGUUUUUAAGUCUUACCCUUUUAAAAAGGUAGCUACACUUAAACUACUAACCUAAUCAGAGGGUACGCCUGAAGUCAUGCUUACUUAAAAUCGCAUGAUGUGUAACUAGCUAUCUUAGACAGAUAUUCAAUUGUAAUCAUUAAUUUGAACCAGAUCUUUUGUCAUGCGUUAUUUCCCAGGAAAUUGUAAGCAACGCACUACAACUGGAUACUGCUGCUUUCCGUUCAUUUAUCGCAGGCGUCGCUAUAACGGCUGCGCAAGAACUCGUCGCGGAAGAAGAUGGUGCGCAAUUACUCCUAACUACAACAAAAACAAACUGUGGGGGUACUGCAGAGGAGGAAAUCGCCGUAAGACCCUGUGUUUUAUUUGGUUUCACACCCUUCUUGUCUUUGAACAAUCUAUUUCUGAAUGUGCUACUGUUACAGCUUACAAUUUGCAUUGUGGGUCAUGAAAUAUUUAUCUUGUCGUUUCCUUUUAAUCCUAAUUGAAUUAAAGAGAGAAAAAUCGCUGGUAACAUUAUAGAACCGGCGGUACUGGCGGUUUCGUAAUGGACGUUUCAACAAAAUAAUAGGGCAUAACUUUGCGAUUUUUAUUCAUAUGAAUCUGUUGUUCAUUUUUAGCGAAACCAACCAGAGUGACACAUGGAGUAUUAAGUGAGUAAUUUAUAUUAUUCGGGGCUGCCCUGAGUGCGAUCUCGAAGAUUCUCAGUUUGUUUGUUUGUUUUAGCUUGCUUCUAAAAAUCUUACUUGUGUUCUUUAGGAACUAUUUCUUUUUCGAAAUUUAAUCGAUAUUUUUAUCUGGGCACUUUUCACUAUGCCCUUGAGGGGAAAAUAACAGAGUUCCCUAGAAUCCCAGAAACACAGCCAAAGAUUUAAUCUCUAAUAAUCUUUUCCAAACCUCAGUUAAAUCAAUUGGAUGCUACAGGGACACGCAUCGUCGAGCUAUCCCACAAAUGGAUGGACGAAACCCAUUAGUGAAAGAAUACUACAGACGACGAGCUGACGCUAUCUUAAAAUGUGCGCUGGUUGCUCUGAGAUUUGGUUACCGAGUCUUCGCUGUACAGCAUCAGGGUUGGUGUGCUACUGGCCCGAGAGCUCACGUGACCUACCGAAAGUAUGGACGGUCUAAUCGAUGUAGAAAUGGCAAAGGAGGACCCUGGGCUAACGAUGUUUACAAAAUAACCGGUAAGAUUGUUUAAAAAAAGAUGUUCACUGCUAGCGCAAACCACUUCUUUGCCGAAAACUUAGGUCUGAUUUUGAAAAAAUGUAACGUCGUUAGACACGGAUGCGUUUUAUGAGAACAAAAGUUAUAAUUACAGUGACCGUUUGGACAAACUUCUGUCUUUGUUGCUGUUUGCAUGUCCUCAAUAUCUGGGUUUGCGUCUUUGAUCCAGGUUUCUAGCUUUUGCUCCAGAUAUAAUCUGCUGGAAAAAUGUGUACAUUAACAAGUGGCCCUCUAAGAAUAGAGCUGAACUAUUCUGCAUUUCUUAUGUAAUAUUGCUUCAAAUAAGCAACAUAUUGUAUUUCUAACUCUCCAGGAACCUGCCGAAAGAGAACCACUUCUCGUUAUUGCUGUUCGUUCCCGUUCAUCUACAGAGGCAGACGUUAUAACAGUUGUACUAGAAGAAGACACAAUAGACCCUGGUGUGCUCUGACACCUAACUACGACAGAGAUAAGAAAUGGGGCAACUGCGCCAGUAAGUCACACCUUUUUCUGCUAAAAAACUGAUUACUUUUGAAGCUGAAGACAGAAAGCAGUUUAAAAAGGGUCUUUUUAAACAUUUUAUAGUUAUGCAAAUAACUAGUUACAAAAAUUUCCAGUAAAAAAGAACAAACACAUGCCUGUUAGUCUUGAAAUGAUAAGGCCUGAUCUGCCAUGAACAAAACGCAUUUAAGUUAUGACCAAUUUUGGGGUGUUUAAACAGUAGCAUAAUUUUUGGGUACAAAAGUACGAUGUACAGUUAUGAUGAAAUAUUCGCUUUGCCUUUCUUUUUUCUAGAACGUCGACGUCCUGUGAGACCAGUCCCACCUGCUAUGCCCCACAAAGGAGGUAUAAUUUAUUUUUUACUGUCCUGAUUUGUACGGUGAUUUUCUUGCCCAAAUGUGCAAUCAUACUAGCUAGCGGAGAUUUCUGAUUACUCUGUUACUCUGAGUUUAUGCCCUAUUUUUAUUUUUCAGCGAGGGUCAUAAGAGUUACCGCAAGCUUAAAGGGUGAGUUUAGCGGGGUCAUCCAAACCAUAGUUAUUUCCGUGAAAUGGUUAGUUUCAGGAGCAUGAGGCCUUACUACUGUCAUGACCUUCUAAAGAAUUUGUGAAUCAAGGAACAAUCGACACUUUUUUGGACCGAGGAAAAAUAAAGAGUGCUUUGCAAUGUCAAUUUCCUUGUAUCGCAUGCAAACAAGUGACUUGAGUUGUACAUUAACGUUUUCCUUUUUUGCGCGGCGCGAAAAUAAGGAAUUCAUCCCUGUGAAUGAACGAAUGAAUGAAUGAAUGAAUGAAUGAAUGAAUGAACUUAUUUAAAUGUCCUAGUAUUUAGCUUUCUCGCUAAUUUUCUUCAGUUUAAUUUACAAAAAUAAUACAAUGGAAACCUCAAUUUCAGUAUUUUUUUAGCGAGGUGAAUUUUAAUCCUUACAACACCACCUCUAAAAUUGCGUUGAUCCAGGACUGGGCCCUUACUCCCUCAAGAUGGCCCACGUGCAGGAUAACAUCCUGCACUUCUUUUCGUUUCAGCAUACAACAUCGGCUGCUAUAGAGACACAAGCCGACGGGCCAUACCAUCUUUAGAAGGCAGAAGUCGGCUUUUAAGAGGAAGCUAUCGCCGUAGGAAAUACGCUAUUCGUAAAUGUGCCCUUGCUGCUCAGAAACGUGGUUUCAGAGUGUUUGCAGUACAGCAUCAAGGAUGGUGUGCAUCAUCUAGGAGAGCUCAUUUGACGUAUCGCAGAUAUGGAAAAUCAAACAGAUGUAGAAAUGGAAAAGGAGGACCUUGGGCCAAUGAUGUUUAUGUCCUGAGAGGUAUAGCAUCAUACGAAUUUAAAGACACACAUUUUGUCCUGUGCUUGCAAGUUUGAAGUCUCAAUGCAAAUUUUCACUGUCUUUAUAAUAUUUCUGAAAUUGCUACAAGUACUAAAAAGAUGAUUAGAGUCCCCUUAGAUGGAGCAUUGCUUUAAAAGGUAACCACAUCAUAGGCAUGCUUGCAUUAUCAUUUUUGCUCCGCAGAAGUACAUUCCCGCGCUCUGGCUCUUUGCCAUGAUAUUAAUUUAAAUUUUCAGUAGGUUCAGCAUAAUGGUUUUUGGGUUAGGGCUACCUCUUUAGGUGGUUCCACCUUACAAACACUGACCUAAUAUGAGCCAUUUUCUGGAUUUAACGAAACUUUUUCUUUCCAAUAUUCUAAAUAAAACAAAAUUCAAUCAUUCUUUAAUUAUGGUGUUUUUUGACAGGGUCAUGCCGCAAGCGUUCUUCAAACGGUAUUUGCUGCGUAUUCCCUUUCAUUUAUAAAGGAAAACGAUACAACCGCUGCACCCGUGUUAAUUCCAGGCGCCCUUGGUGUGCAAAUACUCCGAAUUAUAAUGCAGAUAAACUAUAUGGCUUCUGUGGUCGCCGCACAGGUAACAGGGAAAUUGUUGAUAGACAGAAGUAAGAACAGCGGCUUUCGUUUCAAAGACUUCUGAACACUGAUGACUUUUUCAGGCAACAACUAAUCGUUGAACUCGCAUUUAUUACUUUCUCUCAAGUUGUUACGGAAACCUGCCUAAACCUAUAAAAGUUUGCAACUGCUUCUUAUAUAUUAUGGGCUCUCUGCUGAGCAGCCUGCCCAUAUUCUGAAAAAACAAAUGGGGAAAAAAUUCAUGUUUACGCAGUAAAAUGACUUCUUGUAGCUUGAUUAUAUCCAUAUUUCUCAAGGUGGAAAUAUGUGACUGCUGAAUUUGAUGGCAUUACUUGUUUCCUUGGCGUAUAAUUUUAAGCAGCAAAACACCCUUAAGUAGAAGGUGUUAAAAAAUGCGUUGUGCCAUCCACCGAAUAAUUAGAAAGUGAUUUCUAACGCGGGCUAUUAUUUGAAGUUUUGCGGAAGAUCCGUUACUGACCCUUAUUAUCUGUUCCUGUCCGCAGUGCGACCCAUUAAGAUGACGCCUUCUAUUAGAAGUAAGUCUACUCUCCGAAUCAUCAUUUCAACCAACUUAUACUUCUCCCUCUUUUAAAGAGGACUCUUUAAUUGCGUAUAUUUAAAUUUCCUUCUAAAGUCAGACAUUUAAAAAAAUGGCUAAAAAUGAACAUUUUUGUAACAUUAUCGAAAGUUAAUUUUCAUCUCUUAUAGUCCAGAGAAUCGGAUGCUUUAGAGAUACAUAUCGUAGAGCCAUUCCACAGCUAGAUGGUCAAAGUGUGUUUUUGAGAGGUAACUACCAGAGACGACGUUAUGCUAUUCAGAAAUGUGCUUAUGCUAGCAUUAAACGAGGAUACGCAGUUUUUGGAGUUCAAAAUGGCGGCUGGUGUGCAUCAGGAUCCAGAGCUUUCAGGACCUUUGCAAAGUAUGGAAGAUCCAACAGAUGCAGAAAUGGUAAGGGAGGACCAUGGGCUAAUGACGUCUACAGGAUAUCAGGUAUACAUUCCUUCCAUUUUAUUGACAAAUUUGCCUUGAUACUUGCAUUCAAGUGCGCUUUACUGCUGCUUUUUCUAGCCUCGUUUUCAGAGAUGUACUGAAAUACGAGAAACAUUAACACAAGUUGAUAAACUGUAUAGAACUCAAUUCAAAAUUAACUUUUUUUCGAUCAUCUGGACCGGAUAUUCAAAGCGCUUAAAUAUCUUGGCCACAAAAUUCUUCAAAUAUAUUUCCCGGACCAAAAUACAGUUAGCUAAUGAACAGGUAGUUGGUUCAACAUUGUUUAAAGUGUUUGUGCUUGAACGACAGGGAAAAAAGAUUAAAGAGGUCCUCACAUAAGAAACCAAGCGCCUUUUCCAGUAGAUUUUUUGUCUUUAAGAAGUUUAAGAAUCUUAAAAUGAUUGUUAAAAAUGAUUGGCUCUCACGCACGCAGCGCAUUUUUUCCUUUGUCGACACUCGACCAUGGACUCGACAAUUAACAUUGGUUGAGGCAAUCUUAUUCAUUAAUUCAAACUGUUCGUUCUCCAUGUUAUAGGCAAGUGUACACGUAAGACGACUCAAGGAUACUGCUGCGUAUUUCCUUUCACGUACCGCGGUCGCGGAUAUAAUAGAUGUGCCAAAAAUCGCCGCGGACAGGCGUGGUGCUAUAUCACACCGGACAAAAAACAUUGGGGAUACUGCAGAGGGGGACAAAAACGUAAGGAUGCACCUAUUACAAUCACUACAAUUUUGAAUUAUUUACUCGUUCUUUGUUCUCGUGAUUUUACACUCCAUUUGUAGUUAACCUUGCAGUGAGUAAAAAGAAAUUUGGCCCACAGGAAAGAGCGUGGCAAUUGCAGUGAGUGACGGUUGUCUGCAUGAGGGAGGUGGCUAUGCUAUCUAAUAUAGCUUUAGUCAAUUACCCUAACGCAUAAAAUCAUUAACACUAAAAGAGAUACAGAGCAAAACAAUAAGAAGGAUAAUAACGGGACAAAAACAAACGUGCAGUUAAUUUUUUAGCUAUACACCGUAAACUUCUGGCUAUCAUGGUAACCAAGAUAUUUCCAACAAGAAUUCAUCUCUUAGAAAACUAAUUUUUUCUAAACAGUUUCUGCCGCUCCGCACUGGAAACAACCAUUCAUAUAAAAAAAUUUCAAGUUAGUUUUCUUUGUUCACUUUUUAAAAUUCUGAAAUGUUCCUUUUAAACCUGCUUAUUUAUCACCUAUUUCCUCUUUACAGCUCGACCGAUACGAAUCACGCCAUAUGUUAAAGGUAAGCUUUUUGUUUGGAGUAUCAGUUAAAGAGUAGUUUGUUGACUUUGCAGGAACCUUACUAACAAAAAGUAGUACUUAUUAUUCUUGAGUAGUCCCCUCUUUCCCCGACAGGAUUGGAUAAUACUGCUCUCCCUACUGAGAUGCUUUUCACAACAAGCAAAACAAUUCUUCGACCAAAAUUGGCUAUGUAAACUAUCAACCGUGUCGUUUGUUUGCUAUAAACGUCCGUAAGCUCCAGUUCAACAGAAAUCCAAUUUUGUUAAGAACCUGCUACACAUCCAGUAACUCAGGAUACUGUACGUCACUGAUUUAGUUUGUUUUCUGGAUCAUAAUUUAAAUGGACACAAUUGUUUCUUUACAUUUAGCCAAUUCACUUGGAUGCUACAGGGACACGGCCCGCCGAGCUAUCCCACAAAUGGAUGGACGCAACUCAUUAGUGAAAGGAUACUACAGACGACGAGCUGACGCUAUCUUAAAAUGUGCGCUGCUUGCUCUGAGAUUUGGUUACCGAGUCUUCGCUGUACAGCAUCAGGGAUGGUGUGCUACUGGUCCAAGAGCCCACGUGACCUACAAGAAGUAUGGACGGUCUAAUCGAUGUAGAAAUGGCAAAGGAGGACCCUGGGCUAACGAUGUUUACAAAAUAGCAGGUGAGUUCAAGGACAUUGUGGUUGCCAGCUUUGGAAGUUUUAGGAAAGUUACUCAGUUCUUAUCAUCAAUCACAUAUGGCCAGUAUUUAGUGUCGUCUGUCAGGAAAAGUACCUCAAUACUUACGUCCAGUUUCAAUGAUGUUGAAAGGAUGGUUUUUAAAAAGGUCGCUACUUUAAAGGUGGCGAGUUGGACCUAAUGGUUUCCGAACUAUGAAAUUUUAAUAGUAUUCUUUUCAAAAUAUGUUUUUUGAAUUUCUUUUUAUUUAGGCAUAUGCCGAAGACGGACAACAACACGUUAUUGCUGUGCGUUCCCGUUCGUCUACAAGGGUCGUCGUUAUAACAGUUGUACCAGAAGAAGACACAGUCGACCAUGGUGCGCACUGACACCCAACUACGAUAGAGACAAGAAAUGGGGCAACUGUGCUAGACGUAAGAAUUUUAACAAAUGUAGUAACUUUGUUCUGUAAAGGAUCUUAAAAUAAUUAUUUCUCUCUUAGGACGGAAGCCUGUUCGACCAAACCCACCAAUUGUCCGCCCUCCAAGAGGUUAGUUUUGAGCUGUUUGCGGCUAAUUUGAGUAUAUACAAUGGUUUAUUUGUGUGUUUUUUCUUGGCAAUUAAAGUUAUGUUGUAUUUUUUAUCUUACAGCUCGUGUCAUAAAGGUGACAACAGGAUUGCUAGGUAAGUACUCUUGAGCUUCUUGGAUGUGUAAACUACUCACAGGGUUAUACUUUAAGUCCGAAUGCCAUGAAUGGGUUGAACUUAUAAUAGAUUACUAUAUAUGAUAGACACAAAACAUCCUUCAUGUCCCAGCACAUUAUGGAGCAUAUCUGACCACCCUGAAUUGUCCCUCCUCUGGGGCCUCUUGUAGUCCUAUGCGAGAAUGGAGCAUAUCAAUUAUAACACAGCGUUAGGCGUGCAGGUAACGUAAUUGUUUUUUUUUUCUUGCAGCAUAUAGCAUUGGUUGCUAUAAAGAUACAAGUAGACGAGCCAUAUCCCCUCUUGAGGGUAGAAGUCGCCUUCUGAAAGGAUAUUACCGCCGAAGAAGAGACGCGAUCAAAAAAUGUGCUCUAGCCGCAGAAAAGCGAGGCUACAAAGUGUUUGCGAUGCAACAUCAGGGGUGGUGUGCAUCAUCUAGGAGAGCUCAUUUGACGUAUCGUAGAUAUGGAAAAUCAAACAGAUGUAGAAAUGGAAAAGGAGGACCUUGGGCCAAUACUGUUUAUGUAUUGAGAGGUACUUUAAUAUGUUUUGUUUUACGAACAACAGUAAGAGAUAAAACACCUUACUGAAGUAAACUCCUCGACGACUACUUUUUUGAACGUCUUAGACAAAAAGGCUUUGGGCCGUUUUUUUUGCGCAUUUAAGCACCUGGAUUCUGGAAUGCAUGAGAUGUGCGGAAACCAUAUAUAAAAUGGGUUUGCGAACUUAGCAGACGUUGAGAAAAAGCGGAAUAUCUACUGAGCAACAGAUGGGUGUUCAUCAUGGCUAAUUGCGUCUGAAAUUAUAAAGCUUUUUUGUCAAGGUAAGUUUUAUACGCUGGUAUAUUAAGCUUUAUUGGCUUUUUCUGUUUUCAGGUUCUUGCCGCACUCGAACCUCUCGCCGUAACUGUUGUGCGUUUCCGUUCACCUACCGCGGCAAACGAUACAACAGCUGUACCAGAGUUCGAUCCAAGCGGCCAUGGUGUUCACUCACUUCAAGUUACGAUAAAGACAAACUGUAUGGUUACUGCGGCGGACGAAAAGGUGAGUGAGAGAGAUAAGUACAUGAGUCAGUUAAGGCAAUUCAAUUCACAUGUCCUAAAAGUGAUUUUCUUUCUUCCCUGCAGCGCCUAUCAUACGUGUGGUACCUUCAAUAACUGGUGAGUUCUAUCAACAAGCAAUUUUUAAAUAGCACAUUAAAUUUUUAAAUUGGACUUCUUUAUUUGCAGCUUUUAAGCUAUAAUAAGGAAGUCCAAAAUCCAUGAGGAAUAACGAUUAUUUACUUGAAUUUUUUAAAAACCGCUGUUGGUUGGAGAUUGUCCAUGUCGAGUCUUAUGAGAUUAAUUUAUAAUUUCUGAUCUGUUAGGAUCCUAUGGCAUAAACUAUCAAGAAUCAAUGCUUUAUUUCAUUUAACCUUCUUCGCGUUUUUAAAUUUUAACUGCAUUUUGGUUGCUUUGUAGUCCAAAGAAUUGGCUGCUUUAAAGACACAUUUCGCAGAGCUAUUCCUCAACUGGAUGGGAAAAGUCGACUUCUAAGGGGAAACUACCAACGACGAACAUAUGCAAUUCAAAAAUGCGUUCUCGAAACUGUAAAACGAGGCUUUUCAGUGAUUGGUGUUCAGAAUGGAGGUUGGUGUGCAUCAGGACCGCGGGCUCACAGAACAUUUGGAAAGUACGGACGUUCAAACAGAUGUAGAAGUGGAAAGGGAGGACCUUGGGCAAAUGACGUCUACAGAAUUUCUGGUGAGAGGAAGACAUCUUAUUUUUGCAACUUUUGUUGAAAAAAUCUUCAUUAAAGUAAAUUCUUUAACGUUUCAUUUAAUAAGAAAAUAUUUUUAAAGUCCCUAUUUCUGUUCCCUGGACAUAAGUGGUUGUAAUUUAAAGCCUUGACCAGGACAUAUCAUCUUAUACAAUAUUUCAUGCACCAGGCAAGGAGAAGAGAAUUGAAAACAGCCCAACAUAAUGACAGCUCGUUAUAUUUGCUACUCUUGUUUGCUUAUUUACACUCCUAACAACUUGAUUGCUGUUUAUGUAAGCUAGCGUUUUAAAGCCUCUACUGAUUUACUUCUACCAUGAAAUCGUCUGUUUAAACUUCAUUCCUCCUAAUGGCUUAAUCUUAACUGUGCAUGACACAAUAAACUCCGGUUUUUUAACGCGCACUCUUAAAUCUAAUGUAGGAACCUGCAGACAUCGCACCAUCUCAGGCGAAUGUUGUGUGCCAUUCAUCUAUCGCAGACGCAGAUACAAUGGUUGCGCGAGACAUCGAAGCGGAAGGAAGUGGUGUUAUGUCACCCCUGAUUAUCGAAGGAACAGACUCUGGGGGUGGUGCAGGGGUGGAACGCGAUGUAAGGCCUUUCUUUCUUCCACCCUGUUUUUGUUUCUUGUUUUUAUUUUUUGUUUUCUAAAGGUUUUAUUAUGAUAAAGUAUAGCACUGAGAUUAUUAUGGGAAAAGUAUUUGGUAUGUUUAUGUUAGAACCCUGGUUAUUUACUUGCAAGAAGAACUAUUUGUCGUAUUUCAUUUACACAACUUCCUAUAGCGAAGAAAACUCUUAAUUUAUAUGACAGCCGUAUAAAACAAUAUUUGAUGUACUUGCAAAAACUAAAAAAAGUGAUAAAAAGUGAAGGAGAUUGACCUGUUUGAAUCUGAUUCCGUACAGAAAGUGUAAGGACAUACUUCAUAGUUCUGUUGAAAGCUUUCCUUAGCCUGAUAAGUAUUGUCAUUUGACUGUAUCUUAACGUACUUUUACAGCUCCACCAAUCAAGGUUACCACUGGAGUUAGAAGUAAGUACACGUCUAGUCUGCUGUCCUUCACCUGUUGAGUCUAAAAAAGCUUUAAUUGAGGGAAGAGUUUUUAAGUACAUAAGUUUAAGUCAAGGGCUCUUUAUUGAUGCUUAUGCGUUUUCUUAAACAAGUAAGUUUGAAUUUGAUUUUCUUUUACAGUCAAGCGGAUUGGAUGCUUCAAAGACACAUCUCGCAGGGCCAUUCCAGGUGUAGACGGCCGUGGUCCUCUACUUACAGGUUACUACCGAAGACGAAGCGAAGCCAUCAAGAAGUGUGCGUUGUAUGCUGUAAUGUACGGCUUUAGGGCCUUUGCUGUACAGCAUCAAGGAUGGUGUGCUACUGGUCCUAGGGCUCACGUAACCUACCGGAAGUACGGAAAGUCUAAUCGAUGUCGAAACGGCAAAGGUGGGCCAUGGGCUAAUGAUGUCUACAUGAUUUCUGGUAAGUAAGUCGUUUAGUGUUUUCAGGACCAUUCAAUUUUUUAUUGUUAUUUUCGUCGGGUAGAAAUGUAGAAUAAAGAGGGAUGGGGCUGAUAAUUUCGACUUAAAGUGAGUGGGACAAACAAGAAUCUGUACUCUCUGGGCUUGGCUAAACGUCGAGAACACCCCAAAAAAUAAAAUAAUCUUGAGGUGAGUUAUAAAAUUUCCUCAAUAACGGCAAGAUGUAAUUUGCGCCGUUCACCACAGCCUUGUUGGCUGAUUAUGGACCACAAGGUAGACCUGUAUAUUGUGGAUCUGAUUCAUCCCUUUUUACAGGCACUUGCCGAAAGAGGACGGCAAAACGAUAUUGUUGUUCAUUCCCGUUCAUCUACAAGGGUCGACGGUACAACAAAUGUACGAGAAGGAGACAUAACCGACCAUGGUGUGCUUUAACGUCGAAUUACGAUCGAGACAGGAAAUGGGACAAUUGCGCAGGUAUUAGAACUUUCUAUUAAAAUCAUUUUUGUCCAUAUAUUCUAUGAAAGAUAAGGCCGUAAAUAACUACUUCUGACACACUACACGCUACUGACGAUUUAAAAGCAACCUGACCCUGGUGACAGGAUAAAUUUAAGGUUUAAAGAAUGUUUGGCUGUCUGAAGAACUCCUGCCAAACAAACAUGAACUUUUUAUUUUUGGAUUUUACUAGUUAGUUUGCUUGCUAAUGAGAGAAAAUACUAACAUUUAUUAUGUCCCGUUGCAGGCCGUCGACCUGUCAAGCCUGUUAAACCAGUGGUGCGUCCGAAAGGUUAGAAUAACGAUUAAAAUUUUGCACGGGCAGUUGCAGAUAUUUGACUGAUUGACUCUAAACUCGAAAAUGAGCAACAGUUCUACCCGUUAAAAAAAUGAAGCACCGUAUUUACGUCUUUGAAAAUAAAGCGUUUAUCUACAUAAAAAUUUGCUCACAUAUAGCCCUAGAUGUGGUCUCAAGGUGAUGGUAUUAAUUUUUUUUCUCUUCUAUUUCCCCCCUUUAUUUCCACGAUCUGAUUUAUUGACCUCCAGAUGUAAAAAAAAAAAUAUUUAACAAGAUGUUUAUUGUAUUAUUUCAUCAAGUGGCAAUCAUUUGGGAAGAUUUUAAACAGCGGCAUGUUGAAUUAUAAUGUAAUUAUUUUGAAUUGUGUUAUAAAGCAAAUUAUAAAAUAACGAAGAUAGUACGCGCGUUCUGAUUGGUUAAAAACCUAUGGUUUAUUGUGCCGCUAAACUCGGGAAACUUCAAGUUAUUUUAUAAAAGCAAUAGACCAUACUUUCUUUGGCUUUACCGGCGUGAUAACCCACUAGAAAGCGGCUCGUGAUUUACAAGCUUUUCUCGUGUUCUCCCAACAUCCCAAGUGAGUUAUCACGCCGGUAAACCCAUAGAAAGUGUGGUCUAUUGCUUAGUGAAACAGCUCGGGUAAACAAUAACAGAAUAUACUUUCACAUAGCCUAAAGAUAUCAUCAUAUUUCAGGUAAAUGCACACGAUUUCCCUCUACAUACCGCGCUCCGAUGUUUAUUGAUAUUGACAGAAAGAACCUUUGAUAUACACAAUGCGGAAAGGAUAAACAAAGCAAGUUGGAUGCAGUCUAAAACUUUUCCCACAGUACUUAGCUAUUACGCUGAGCAAAAUUCAUCCCCCUGAGAAUAUCACAGAACAAUUAAAGGAUUACAUUGAACUUACCCCCCCCCCCUACCGCUUGCUUUUAUAAUUUAUGUAUGGUGAUAAAGAAAUUAUUGUCCCUUAGACAAUAAAAAUUUUAUGCUAUCAUAGGUAUUUUUUGUUCGGGGUGAAUCAUAUUGAACAUUCCAGGAACUCUCUAGGCGAUCUAACUAGUUCCCCUGGUUUUGGAAGGACUCGACAUAACCGAUCUUUACUUUUCUUUACUCAUUCAACACCCCCCAACCCUGGUCCUAGCCAUAUAUAUACCUUUGAUUUUUGCCCUCACCUUAAAUAGGUAGGGAUUCGUGUCAUUGGUCUGUAAUUGAUAUUGAGUCGAAACGAUUUUUAAAGCAGCUAUGUGGCCAGCCAUACAGCCAAAGUUUAUCCAAAGCGAGGUUUGAGUCUCUUGAUUUAUUUGCUGAACACCAUUCCCAACAAAGAGAGCAAGCCCAAAACAAUAUUGUUUCUUGUUAGGGUAUAUUUUUUGUAGAGGGGCAGGACAAAAAGGGCUAUUCAACUUAAAAUCGUUAUCCUUUAAUUCGGGUCUCUUUGUUCCUUUCAGGACGAACUGUAAGAAUCACAAUUGGAGUAGUAGGUAAGUCUAAGAUGGCUCGGCCCAUCUUGUCUUCUCAGGAUUGCCUGCUUUCUGUCCGCGAAAAAACAGUUUCUUUGGCCACUUAAUAAUUCAUUAUCGAUCAACUUUUUUAGGUCAAGAUAGUUGCAUUUCGGUCUAGUUCUUUCUUUGCAUUCACGCUUCAUCAAUAGCGCAUGCGUAUGUAUUCAGCCAACAUGUAGGCGUAAAAUUCUUUAAAGAGCAAGGGUAGUCCUCAUAAGGAGUAAUGCACAGCCUUUCUUCUAUUUUCUGUAUUUAUUUAUCUAACCCCUUGUAAAGUCAUCAUAGCACCGUACACACAUUGGAAGACUUGCUUACGUCACAACUUUAGGAUUAAGCUCAACUUAUGACAUGAUUCUUGGCUCCCUAAUCUAAAUUUAAAGAAACAGCGUUAACAUUCUGUAAAUGUUAUAGCUCUCUAUAGUCAAAACUGAUCGACUUUCAUUCUAAAUUUUGCUCUUUCUUUUGCUUUAAAUUUAGUACAUUUAAAUUUUUUAGUUUUAAUCAGAGCUUAAAAGUCUAGGCUUGAGCUAUAAAUCCCUUACUUGUAAUGCUUUUCUUUCUUAAAUAGCGAAGGGCAUUGGGUGCUAUAGAGACACCAGUCGGCGGGCCAUCUCAACUUUGGAGGGUAAAAGUCGCCUUCUUAAAGGAAAUUACCGCAAGAGACUAUACGCGAUUCAAAAGUGUGCUUCUGCUGCCUUAAAACGAGGGUUUAGAAUCUUCGCGGUACAGCAUGGA